AUGGAUCUUCCCGUGAAAGAAGAAGCAUUGGAAAUUCCAAUUCCAACUGAACCGGACCGGAAGACAAGACGAAAACCCGGUUCGCAUGUUCCUCCUCCUCCCGACUCGGUCAUUGACCUCAGUAGCAGUAGCAGCGAUUCCGACUCCGAUUCUGAUUCCGUCGGGGAUUUGGAAACGGUUGUCGCCAGUGCGGUGCAAUCGGUGGAAAGUCCGUCCAAGAAAAGAAAGGUUAAUGAUAAGGUAGCGAUUUUGCCGGCGGGAUUUCUUAGUCCGUUACCGCCUGCGCCGUCGCAGAAUGCUAUUCUGUCUUUGCCGGCGCCGGAGUGGGCUUCUACGUCGAACAGGUUUAAUAGGAAUGUUAGUUAUACGCUUAAGGGAUGUAAGCAGUUUUGGAAAGCCGGAGAUUAUGAAGGUUCUCCUGGUCGUGGCUUUGAAUCUUCUUCUGUUGGUAUGGAUCAUGUCAGGGUUCACCCCAAGUUUCUACAUUCUAAUGCCACAAGUCAUAAGUGGGCUCUUGGAGCUUUUGCUGAGCUUUUGGACAACGCAUUGGAUGAGGUUUGUAAUGGUGCCACAUAUGUAAAUGUAGAUAUGAUUGAGAGUAAGAAAGAUGGCUCAAAGAUGUUGCUAGUUGAAGAUAACGGCGGUGGGAUGGAUCCUGAUAAAAUACGUCAAUGCAUGUCGCUGGGAUAUUCCAUGAAAAGCAAGAUGGCAAAUACAAUUGGACAAUAUGGAAAUGGCUUUAAAACAAGUACCAUGAGGCUUGGGGCUGAUGUAAUUGUGUUCUCCCGUUGUAUAGGAAAAGAUGGGAAGAGGUCUACACAGAGCAUAGGCUUGCUGUCUUAUACAUUUUUGAGGAAUACAGGGAAGGAAGACAUUGUAGUGCCCAUGCUGGACUAUGAAAGAGAUGGACAGGGAUGGAAAAGGAUGUUACGAACUUCUCUGGAUGAUUGGAAGAAUAAUGUUGAAACAGUAGUUCAGUGGUCACCAUUUUCUGAUGAGGCCGACCUUCUUCGUCAGUUCAACCUGUUGAAAGAUCAAGGUACACGGGUAAUUAUAUACAAUCUCUGGGAGGAUGACCAAGGUCAGCUAGAACUUGAUUUUGAAGACGAUCCACAUGAUAUUCAAAUAAAAGGUGUAAAUCGAGAUGAGAAAAACAUCAAGAUGGCUAAAGAUUUUCCGAACUCUACACACUUCUUAACUUAUCGACACUCACUGAGGAGUUAUGCUUCAAUUUUAUAUCUGAGGUUUCCUCAAGGCUUCCGAAUUAUUCUUCGUGGGAAAGAUGUUUUGCAUCACAAUAUAGUCAAUGAUAUGAUGUAUUCUCAGGAGGUCACAUACAGGCCUCAAUCAGGAGUUGCAGAUGGGGUUCUAAAGGAUUCAAAUAUGGUUGCUAUUGUUACGAUUGGGUUUGUCAAGGAUGCCAAACAUCAUAUUGAUGUUUCAGGGUUUAAUGUCUAUCACAAGAAUCGGCUCAUCAAGCCAUUCUGGAGGAUCUGGAAUCCGGCAGGCAGCGGUGGCCGUGGGGUCAUAGGUGUAUUGGAAGCCAACUUUGUUGAACCUGCUCAUGACAAGCAAGGCUUUGAACGUACAUUAGUUUUGUCAAGACUGGAGCAACGGCUGAUACAAAUGCAGAAAACUUAUUGGGGAAGUAACAGCCAUAAAAUUGGAUAUGCUUCAAAUCGAGUUAGAAAAGAAAACAAUAGUUUUGCUGGUCAAGAUACAGCUCCUGAUCCUGUUCCAGAAUCAUCUCAAUUGAAAAGGAAAUAUUCGGCCACAAAUGGCAAGGCAUCAUCACCAUUGGCAUCAGACGAACUGCAUUCAUACUCGAAACAGAAACGUCUACGAACAGAAUCCAAAAGAUACAGUGAAUACAGAAAUGGUCACUCGGCAGUUUCCCCAAUAAGUAUGAGUCAAAGUUCAUCAGAAGAUGCAUCAUAUGCUGAUGAUACCAGUGAUCAAAAUGAUAAUGUCUCAUCAAAGAGCCAAGCAAAGACUGAUGGUCGAAAGAUAUCAACUGUUGGAAAAUCUGCAGGAAAGGAGAAUGUAAGUUUUCAGGAUUCUACACCAAGGGGAAACGCCUGGCAGUCUACACAAGGAUCUAACCCAAAGGGAAAAGAAGUUAAUGUUCCUGAGCAACCAAUAUCUGAUUUAUCAUCUAUAGAACAGUUGAGGAAUGAGAAUCGUGAGUUGAAAGAGAGAUUAGAGAAGAAAGAUGAAGAAUCAUCAGGCGAAUUAGCACAGGCUUUACAGGAGGAGAAAGAUAUGCGCAAAUCUCUCGAAGCUCAGCUCCGUAAUGCCGAACAAAAGAUUGAAGAUAUGAACAAGGAACAAGAAACUCUAAUUGAUGUGUUCUCUGAAGAGAGAGAUAGGCGGAAUGCUGAAGAAAAAAAUUUGAGAAAGAAGCUUCAGGAAGCAUCAAAUACCAUCCAAGAGCUGCUGGAGAAAGUUCGAUUACUUGAAAGGAAGGCUUCAAGUGGCAAAGUAGUAUAA